AUGGGAAAGACCCCUCUUGAUGCUUCAGAGGAACAUUACAUUCAGCCUGGAGCUUUAUCAGUUAUAAAAGCUAUAGCUAGUGAAGUGGAUUCCAACAAUUUAAACUCGGUUUUUCACAUUGGAGACAUAAGCUAUGCGACCGGUUUUCUAGCAGAAUGGGAUUUCUUUAUGAACCUUAUUAGUCCAGUAGCUUCAAGAGUUUCUUACAUGACAGCAAUUGGGAACCAUGAGAGGGAUUAUGUAAGUUCUGGUUCGGUUUAUCAAACACCCGACUCUGGUGGUGAAUGUGGAGUACCUUAUGAAACAUACUUUCCAAUGCCCACUUCUGCAAAGGAUAAGCCUUGGUACUCAAUUGAACAAGCAAGUGUUCAUUUUACAGUAAUAUCCACUGAACAUGACUGGUCCAUAAAUUCUCAACAGUAUGAAUGGAUGAAAAAGGAUAUGGCAUCCGUUAAUAGACAACAUACUCCUUGGUUAGUCUUCAUGGGACAUAGACCAAUGUACACUUCCAACCAAGGAUUUUCGUCUAAAGAUCAAAAUUUUAUUAAAGCUGUGGAGCCAUUGCUAUUUGAGAAUACGGUUGACUUGGCACUUUUUGGCCAUGUGCAUAACUAUGAAAGAACUUGUUCUGUCUAUCAGAAUAAGUGCAAAGCCAUGCCUAUAAAAGAUCAAAAGGGAGUAGACACUUAUGAUAACAAAAAUUAUAGUGCACCCGUACAUGCUGUCAUUGGCAUGGCUGGCUUCACCUUGGACAAAUCCUCAAACAAUGGAGAGAGCUGGAGUCUUAAAAGAAUUUCUGAGUUUGGUUAUUUACGAGCACAUGCUACUAAAAAUGAUUUAAACUUGGAGUUUGUGACAUCAGAUACAAGAGAAGUUAAGGAUAGUUUCCGCAUUACAAAGUAA